AUGGCCGCAGCGAAAGGAGGCGGGGCAAAAGGUAAAGGAGACGUUUCGGAUGCUGUCAAAAUUGAGUCUCUGGAAGCGGAACUACAGGAGAUGGACGAAGUUUGUGGUAAACUGGAAAAGAGACUGGAAAAAAGAGACAAGGCAAUUGCCACUCUAAAACAACAGCUGCAGCAAGCAGAGGAUGAAAAAGACAAAACUGAAGCUGAGCUGAAGAAACUGCGACAAGAAAAAACUGCAGCUCCCUCUAAAAAUACACAAAACGAUCCAGAAGUAACCAAAUUUAAAGACCAACUCUCAAAAAAAGAAAAGGAACUCAAAACUUCCGAAGAUAAAAACAAAGAAUUGAGCUCCAAAGUGAAACAAUUGGAAGACAAAAUAGCCAAUCUUAAUAAAUCAUCUAACAGCUCAGACCCAAAUGUGGAAAAGUUACAAGCCGAACUAGCAAAACGGGAGAAAAAAGUGGAAAAAUACAGAGCCGAAAUUGAAGCAAUGAGCGAAGAACUCAAUUUACUUGACGAUCGAGAGGCAGAAAUCGAGAAGUUGAAAUCUGAAAUCAAAAAGCUCACAACUGAAAAUGAAAAGAAUUCGAAAAAGUCUGCCGGCGAAAACAGCAAAGCUCCAGAGUAUAACGAAAACGAACUUCUAGCUGAAAUUGAUGAGCUAAACCAGCAAUUAGAUGAAGCUGCAGCUACGAUCGAAACAUGCCAAGCUCAAAUGAAAGACCAACAAUCGAAAAUCGACCAAGUUUCCUCCAAAGACAAGAAAAUUUCCGAGCUACAAACUGAAGUGAACAAAUUAAAAAAUUAUAAAAAAGAAAAUAGCGAAUUGAUUGACGAAGUUGACUCUCUGCGGGAAAAGGUGACGAAACUUUCAAAAGCGGUUGUGCAAAAAUCUGUCAAAGAGGGUUUGGGGAAAAAAGACAAGCCGCAAGAUGAAGAAAAGACGGCGCUGAAGGAAGAAAAUGACGAGUUGAGGAACUCGGUUGCUCUUUUGGAGGCAGCGAACGAAGGACUGAAGAGCGAAUUACAGAUUCGACAGGACGAAUUGGAGCAGAACAUAAGACAGGCAGAACAAGCAAAGCUGCAGCAGGAGACCGAAAUCAUAAUGGCGUCAAACAACCAAAGUCUUCAAUCUGCUAAUGACUCAUUGUGGGAUAACAAAAACAUCCAACUUGACAAAGAGAAAGUGGAGAAAGACCUGGCAAACAGCAAAGACGAUAUUUCUAGACUGAAGACGGAGUUAAACAUCACCAGAGAUAAACUAAAGCACAAAGAACAGCAGAUAGAGGCACUUAGAAAAGAGACACACUCUAAAAUGGGAAUCACCCAGGAUAACAUCAAGCUGAAGGUCGAGAAUCAACAGCUGGCUGCUCAGCUUUCAACAAGCGAGCGACUCAAAGAAAAUCUUGAGGGACAGUUGAACUCACUUCGACAAAACUCAGGUGGGCUCAAUCGAAUGCCUCCUAUUCAUUCCAGCUCACGCGAUGUGUCACCGAACCAAAAUGGACAUUACUAUGAAACUUCGAAUGGAUUCGGAAGCGAACUGAACUCCCACAGUGCUGAGAAACAUCUGAGAAGCGACACCGAUUACCCGCAUGAAGAGCAGACGUCGGCAGGGUAUCCGAUAUCCACAGGGUAUCCAACGUCUGCAGGGUACUCAUGGUCGGCGGGGUACUCAGGGUCGGCAGGGUUCCCGAUUUCAGUGACUCAUCCUCCCAGUUGGAGUUACUGGGCUCAGUACGCUUCUAGAUACCCGAAUCUAUCCCACAUGGUCGUACCAGGGUGUUCUAGUCCCAUGUCGUCUACGAUUAGUUCACCUAGAGCACUAUCCGAAAGGACGGAGAUAGCCAUUAAUCGCGGCAAUGUGGCCCUCGAGAAUAUCAGAUCGCGGCUGGGGUCACAUCAAACACGUGACAAACACGUGACACCUGUCGACCACCCAGGGUACACAUACCAUAACCAGCUGUCUGACUUCGCCAAGAGCACCCACGUGUUACUCCAGAGCAUGACUCAGCUGGAGGCCAGACUCCGACAGAAGGAAAUGGACAUGAGAAAGAUUACCACUAGAUACGAUCCGAAUUAGAAUCUCUCUUCUGAAUGAACUGAACAGAAUCCGAAUAAAUAAUUUUUUCAUACUUAUCAAUUGAAUCUUUUUGUACA